CAUGGUGAUACCAGUGCUUUUUUAUGCGUUGAUCUCAGCCGUGGGGAUCUUUGGAGCUGCACACGCAGAGAAAGAUAAUUGUGGCUUCUCGGGGAAAUGGCUGGACUCCGUCGCUGUCUCAAGAGACCUCCUGAAAAGGGGGUUUCACAGGGAACUAAAGACGACUGUGCAGUAUGGCCCCCUCUCACCUGACGGGCUACAGGCUCUGUUGGUACAAACCUUACCCCGAGGUGUGUUCAUGGAUCCGUACCAGCUGGCCUCGCUACACCAGGACACGGGUUUACAGGUCCUUCUGGACUCUGAGGUAGAUCUGGAAGCUCCUGCUUACCUGUCCCAGGGGUUCUCCGCCUUUGUGUACGCCACAUGGGACCCAGAAAUCCCCGGGCGUCUCCAGGCUGCAGUGCCGAUCCACGGCCGGUACCGCCGGCCGUCUGGGUCAGGGCGGGGAUGGGAACGGGUCGAGAUCGAACCCCCGCGGAUGCUGCUCAGGAGAGAGGGAUGUCAGCAGCUCCUGCCUACCCCUCCUCAUGUGCUUGUGGAUGCUCCCUGUACAUUUCGCAACCUGAGCAGAUGCCGAUGGCUGGAGAUCCAGCUCCCACAGGGUCAGAUGGAUGUGAGUCUGGAGCUCCCUGUGGGCAACCAAUCACUGGUGGUGUCGGUAUGCGCCGGGACCUUGCUGGUGACACUGCUGUGCUGUGCCCUCAUCACUAGAGCUGUCUGGAGGCAUGGCUUCCUCCAGGCCUGUUAGCCUAAAUAGCCGUGCGUCUAGGGUGGAAUUCCCUCCCUAUUCAAUGAAGUGCAGCAGAGACGCUUGUCAGUUGGGCUGUAUCGUGUGUCCAAGAAUGGUGGCGGGUCCCCUGAAGGGCGCAGGUCCUGCCCCACUGUCUCACGUUUGUCGCUCGGUGUUGAAGCCAAACUGGAGAGCAGGCGGACUGAACUCCACCCUCACCCGCCUGCCGUUACUCUUCGAAUGUGUCAGACGAAGAGGGGACUUUUACUACGGAUGGACCCUGAUCAGGACCAAAAUUACUUUGCUCUAAAGGAUGGAAAAACCUCAGGAAAAAUACAACCUAUCAAGCUUUUAUAAAGGAGAACAUUGGUGAUGACUGCUGACCGCAAAACACUUCUCCAGCCCUCUCCUUUCUCUACAGGAUGGUGGUGUUUAUGACUGUGACAUGCACGG